CUGAGAAUUGUUCUGGCUACUGCACGUGUGCCCACUGCUUGGAGCAGCCCGGCUGCGGGUGGUGCACCGAUCCGAGCAACACGGGCAAGGGGAAGUGCAUCGAGGGCUCUUACCGAGGCCCGGUCAAGAUGCCAACGCCGUCUGCGACGGGGAAACACAGCUUGGAGCCCGUCCUGAACGUCAGCAUGUGUCCUGUGGAGAACAGCUAUAACUGGUCCUUUAUUCAGUGUCCAGCCUGCCAGUGUAAUGGGCACAGUAAGUGUGUAAACGAAAGUAUCUGCGAGAAGUGUGAAAAUCUGACAACUGGCAAACACUGUGAAACUUGUAUCUCAGGCUACUAUGGUGAUCCUACUAAUGGAGGAACAUGUCAGCCUUGCAAGUGCAACGGCCACGCAUCUGUCUGCAACACAAAUACAGGGAAAUGUUUCUGCACCACCAAGGGAAUAAAAGGCGACGAGUGUCAACUGUGUGAAGUUGAAAAUAGAUAUCAGGGAAAUCCACUUAAAGGAACGUGUUACUAUACCCUUCUCAUUGACUAUCAGUUCACCUUCAGCCUUUCUCAGGAGGAUGAUCGCUAUUACACAGCAAUCAACUUUGUAGCAACACCCGAAGAGCAAAACAGAGACCUGGACAUGUUUAUCAAUGCAUCUAAAAACUUCAACCUCAACAUUACUUGGUCCACAAGUUUUGCAGCUGGCACGCAGGCUGGGGAGGAAAUUCCAGUUGUGUCAAGAACCAACAUAAAAGAAUACAAGGACAGUUUCUCCAACGAGAAAUUUGAUUUCCGCAACAAUCCAAACAUCACUUUCUUUGUUUACGUCAGCAAUUUCACCUGGCCGAUCAAAAUACAG